AUGCCAAAGAAAAGUAAAGUGAACAAACUGGCUCGUAUGUCAGAUGAGGAACGAGCUAGGUACUUGCAACACCGCGCAGAUGUGGAGGAGGAAGCAAGGAGGAGAAAGCGGGAGCUAGUGGCCAGAUUUAUCAAGAAUAAACUAGACAAAGAAGAAGCUUUCAGUAAAAUAAAUACAGCGAAAAUUAAUCAAGAAUGGCGGUACAUUUUACGAAGAAUAAAAUGUCAGCAGAUGGACUUGGAGAUUCAGGGUAUGAUGGCGAGUUUCAACUUUCUGAUGGAGAGAAAGAAUCGUCUGAUUGCUUCGUUGACGAGGGCUGUGGAAGAUUCAGACGAACAGCAUCGACGAGCUUUUCAAGCACAUACGGAGAAUUUGAGCUAUUUCUUGAGAAUAGGAUCACAGCGUCUAGACAAGCUACAAUCUUUAUACGAACACCAAAAGAAUUGUUUUCUCGAGACAUGGGAUAAAGAAGAGAUGGAUAUAUCCGAUAAUCAGGAUAGAGCUGAGUUUAAAUUAACGCUCAUUACAUUUAUACAAGAACGAGAUUUUAAAUUAUAUAAAAAACAAAUUGAAAAUCAAAGAGCUACAAACAAAAAUGACGCAAGGCUAGAGCACGAAGAUGAAAUGCGACAGCUCUGUCGGCCAAAACAACUUGAGAUAGAUAUGUACUGGGGCAAACUUCGUGACUUGUACAACAAUUAUUUGGAACAGCACAAUCCUAUAAUGAGCCACUAUCAGUCUCUGCAAGAAAAAGAUGACUUCUAUCAGCGAGAUAUCGCGAGAAAUGACAUGCAAAUACAACAGGCCUCGGAAAUGCUAAUAACUUUACAAAAGGAAUGGAUGAAGAUGACAAAUCUGAUGAACUAUAAAAUAAAACGUAUGAACAGUCACAAAGAAGACUUAGCUAAGAGAUACUGGCAAAUGAAGAAAGACAGUAAGUCGAAUAGACGGAGAGAAGAUGAGGACUUAGCUGUAAUGGUUGACGCUAGUCAAGGCGCUAAAAAGUAUCUAGAAAAUAUUCUUACGAAAUUGCAAAAGAUAAAUCAGAUGGCUCAAAUAUGUAGCAAAUACGAACAUGAUAAUGAUAAAAUACUGAAAGAAAUGGAGGAUGAUGAACUUCCACAAGACUUCGAAAACCUUGACGCUGCUAUGAUAAAUGAAUGCAAGGAGUACAGUAAAAUGGAUAAGUUCCUGUUGAAAGUAAAUAGAGCCCAAGUCCAGACUAUUUGUCUCAGAACUGAAAAAAACAAACUUGCUAAGGAAAAUAUUCAAUUAAAGCAGUACAUUAAGAAAUAUCUCACAGACUUAGCCUUAAAUGAUGGAAAGAUGCGACCACAAACUACCAAACUACCCUCAGAGACAAAUGAAUUUGUGCCAAAAAUAAACCGUCCAGUAACAUGUAUUGAAGGAGCAUUAUCAAAUGCAGUUAUACAUGAGAAGCGGCUCCAAUUAGAGAAGAAAAGAAAUAAAGAAAUUGGAGUGGUUCGUUCAUACCCUCGUGUGAAUUGUUGGUAAAAUAGUAUAAAAACUGUAACAGCAAAAUAUAACUAUUUAUAAUCUAAUUUUGAUACUAUUUUAUACUGUAAUAAAUCCAAUUGGAUGAUUAGGAAUAAUAAUAUAGGAGUAAAUGUUUGUAAUUUCUAUAUUUGAAACUUAUCUUUAAAUAAAAUGAA